CCCUCUUUUUCCGUUCCCUAUCAAUCAAACAAUCUGGCCCGUACGCUAAAAUGCCCCGGGGCGAGGAGCGCGGACCUAGUCAGGGCAGCGGAUGGUGUUUUUGGAAGGGAAGCAGAAGCGGCAGAGCUGCGGGAAGAAUACAAAAAUCUGUAUACAAGGGAGGGGGGGUAAAAAAAUAUGUCGUCGUUUUGGGGGCAGAGGAGGAUUGUGGAAAACCAAAGGGCGAGAGCUAGAAACGAGGCCCGACCGUUGCGCUGAGGGGAGGGGAGGGAGAGGACAGCUGUCCCCGCCUGAUUGAUUGACUGAUGUGGGAAGGCUUUAAGGACCAACCGGGGUAGCCGGCGGUGCAACCAAUGUUUCUUAAUGUCACUGAAGGUUGAAUUACUUUAUAGAGCAAACAAUGCAAACGUUAAUUCAAGUAUGCUAACGUUACAUGGGCAAACGACUCUCUUCGUAUCAAUCCGCAGCAGGGUCCUUUUUUAUACCUGGCUAGCCGGGUUAGCUUGUUUUUCCCCCUUUCUAAACAUGGCGCGUCUCACUUGUCCUCGCCGCUGUAGCACGAUAAACACUUUUAAGUUACCAGUUAGCGAGCGUUAGCUGUAGCUCAGCCAGGCGGCUGCGCUCCCCUUAACCUUAGAGUGGGUUCGCGAGCUAACGCCAAUGUGGCGUUAACCUUGUAGCGAGCUAAUGUGUCAUUUUAUGAAAUAUCGAGGCUUACUCCAGCGGAACUACUUUGUCUGCGUUAAGACUAACGGUGCUAUAGCAAAGGUUAUAGUGUUAGUCGGCUGAUGAUCGCUUUUAUUACACUUUAGUUUCCCUUUGCCGCCACAAUCGGCCGGAAGCUAACACCGAGCUAAGGGCUAUCAUCGCGGUGGGUGUGUUAUAGCCGUUGCAGGGUAACGUUAUCGUAAGCUUACUAUUAUUAUAACGACGCAUCACAGAGUCGGUAUCACCCCCCCUCUAUGAUAUGGUAACCGUUGACUAGGAUUCUCUAACAGCUUUAGUAAACGCAUCAAACUACUGUGUGAGCCACCGACGGUCCUGGUUCUUCCCGAGCUGUGCGCACACAUUCAGCUCCAUAAAGAACCACGGACAUUGUGAUGUUGGUCUUCCCUGUUGCAUCUAUUCUUCACUGAUCGUCUUACUUUGGAGUAAAUCUGUGCUCAUUACCGUCGGCGUUUAAUGCUUAAUGUUACCGAAAGUAGUAUUACAUUGAUUAGCAUUCAUGUUAAACACCAAUUAUUUGUUGUAUGAAAACGAUCUCGUUUGUUCCCUUACCAGACUAACACAGCUAAUGGUGAGCAUUACAUGAAGUUUGUGUGCAUGGUGUAGGUUGGCCCCCUGUCCCUCUAUGAUGCCCCAGUGUGUGCAGCAUCAGUGAACGUGAUGGCAGCCCAGUCGCUUUCCAUGGACCAGUACCCCAAGGGAGAGCAGCAGAUGCAAGGUGUGGUAAAGGUAGACGGCGAGCAGAAGUUUAUUGAGGGGACGUUGGCAGAGGCUCCCAGUCCGAUACCCACAGAGCCACAGACCCCCAUGGACGCCGACAAAGCCUCCAUAUAUCGGCAUCCUCUGUUCCCUCUCUUGGCCCUGCUGUUUGAGAAAUGUGAGCAGUCCACGCUGAGCUCGGAUUGCAUCACCUCGGCCAGCUUCGAUGUGGACAUUGAGAACUUUGUACGCAGUCAGGAGAAGGAAGGCAAACCUUUCUUCAGUGAGGACCCUGAACUUGACAACUUGAUGGUGAAAGCCAUCCAGGUGCUGCGGAUCCACCUGCUGGAGCUGGAGAAGGUGAGUGACCUGUGUAAGGACUUCUGCAGCCGUUACAUCGCCUGCCUCAAGACUAAGAUGAACAGCGAGACUCUGCUGAGUGGAGAUCCAGGGAGCCCGUACUCCCCCGUACAAGGCCAGGUCCAGGGCUUCUCUCCCACCAAGACUCCGGUAUGGACUACCCCCAGCUCUAUUUCGGGGGCCAUCAGUCCUCCGGGUCAAAUUGUGGUGCCAGCGUCGGCUCUGCAGCAAGGGAACGUUACGGUGACCGCAGUCAACCCCAACCAGGUUGUCGCAGGUAUGUCACCGUGGCAUACGACCCCUCCCUCAGGCGGCACGGUGUAUCAGCCGGUCACAGUGGUCACUCCUCAGGGACAGGUGGUAACACAGGCUCUGUCUCCCGGGACCAUACGUGUCCAAAACAAUCAGCUCCAGCUGCAGUUUCACCAGGACCUUUUUAAUCACGACGACAACUCGACCAAGAACAAACGUGGAGUUCUACCCAAACAAGCUACUAAUGUCAUGCGCUCGUGGCUCUUCCAGCACAUCGGGCAUCCGUAUCCAACAGAGGAUGAAAAGAAACAGAUUGCGACGCAGACAAACCUGACCCUUCUGCAAGUCAACAACUGGUUUAUAAAUGCACGCAGGCGGAUCCUGCAGCCCAUGUUGGACGCCAGCUCCUCCGAGACACCAAAAGCCAAGAAGAAGACCCCACAAAACCGGCCACUGCAGCGCUUCUGGCCUGACUCCAUCGCCACUGGUGGAGGCACCCAGCAGCAAGUGACCAUGCCUGAUGGCACAAUGGUGACUAUGAACAUGGAGGGUCUGCAGAGCCUGACGUCAGACGGCGCCACACUGGCGGUACAGCAGGUGAUGCUGGGAGGCCACAGUGAGGACGAGUCGGGGGACAGCGGAGAUGAGGACGAUGACACGGACAUGGCCGGGCUGGGCCUGGACAACAGCGACUCAUUGCAGUAGAGGACCGACUCCCUCACACGGUCUACACACAAGACAAGACAUGUGUAAAUAGGUCCACAGGUUAUGUGUGUGUUCUCAAACACACUGUGGAUUAUAGUACACACACACACACACACACACAUUAGGUUCACAUAGAGCACAAAACUCCAGGACAAGCAGGUCCUGCACUCUUCCAACCCUCCACCCUGCUGACCGGCGGUUGAUGCUGCGUGUGUGUACAUCAGGAGUUUCAUUUCGGAAACUGUUUUUUUAGAUAUUUAGUUGAUGUAUGAGAGUGCACUUUUUGUAUAUUUAAGCUCAACAAGAUUAAAUCAAACAAACAGAAGAUAAAAUAAGUGUUAAAAACACUUGAAGCAAGUUUGUACAAUCCGUUAAAUAAUGACUCAUUAGAUUUUUGUUUUUUCUCGGCCUCUGUCCCCUUCCCAGUUGAAUUCUCGUUUUGGAUGCCAACAGUUCCACGUUGUAUCUGUAAGGGUUUGUCGUUUUGCAUGCUUGUGAUUUCAAUAGAUGUGCACACUUUGCGACUGGCUCCACGUCGCUCUCACGCGCCCUGCAGGCCUCGCAGAGCCCGUGUGAGGGAUUGAGAGGAAAAAAAGGAGAUGCUUAUUUUUAUAUACAAAUGUAUGAAGUUGUGUUUUGUUUCAUUUCUGUGUUCUCCUGUUUUGUAAGGAAUAUUUAUGUACAGAUUCAUAAUUAAAGCUAGCAACCCUGUUUUCCAGGGUUCUUUUGAAGUUUUCUAAAAAACAAAAAAAUGAAUUGAAUGCUGAUAAAUUGCUAUUUCAAUUGGUUUUAGAAGAAUAAUAACAUGGCCUUACAUGUGUUCUUUUUUUAAAUAAUUCUUGCUACGAAGCACAAAUGAGUGACACUUUUUGAAAUUGGUCAAAAGGACACUAAACUACUGCAACAUGGCAGUAACUUAACUGCAGUGAUGUUACGUCUUUAAAUAGAGCUCCAUAGCGUAUCCAAUGCAUCUUUUAAUCAUUUGACAGUAAUGGCACAAUCCAGAACACUAUGCUAAUCACACAAUCACAAGGGUCUGAGUAACCAGCAACAAGAAGUAGUGGACUUGUUGCACGUGUCCAGCGUAUUUAUGUACACGUGUUUUACUUUGUUAAAACAAAGGGCAGUUCAAGUUCCCUGUUCAUUGCCUGCCUGAAGGACUGACUGCAGUCUCUGGUCCCCCUGCACUACAUACACAUGUAGGAAAUGAUUGAAAUCAAUGUUUAUUACUUCACAAAAUCGGGGUGCCUCUUGUUUGAAUAUCUGUAACAUUGUAUUUUACAACAAUUGUCUGUCAAUAGGCGCGGAUUACUGAAACGCUAUCUUGUAAAGUUGAGUUGAAAUGGUUCAUUUCAUGCAGUGACUGGAUGGGCCCUCGCUGAGCUCUUCGCUCCCCACUUGCAUCCGUCUUGCUUUUAUGAAGCGUUGUUCACUUUUCUCAUGUCUCUUUUGCCUUAGAGCUUUCUAUUUUGGAAUAAAUGAUGCCUAACUCUC